CAUGGAGUCUGUCGUCCUCUAGUAAGCAUUAUUAUUUAAUGAAAAAAUUAACUUUCGAAUGUCAAAUAUUGCAAUUUAUUGUAAUUAUUAUUAAUUCUAAUUAAGUUAUUAAAAUUAAUUUUUGUUUACUUUCACGUAUAUCUAAAUGUAUUCUCAUUACAUGCUUAACAAUGGACGACUGAAGGUCAUGCUCUUUAGAGUCUACUUAACUCCUUUUAAAUUCAGGAAAAACAUCACGAAAAUAUUACUGUUCGAUUCAAAUAGUUAUAGUUGCAGCUCAAGAAAGAUGGAAAGACAACAAAAUGGGUUUUCUCUAUCGAAUUUCGAUGUUAUAGGUUUCGAUCUAGAUCACACGCUAUGCAGAUACAAGCUACGGCCUUUGUUUGAACUUAUAUAUGAAAACAUGGCUUCAUUUUUGGUCGAACGAAGAGGAUACUCUAAAGAUUUAUAUAAAUCUUACGAGAGUGGAGAAGAUUUCGUACAGAAAGGAAUCGUAUUUGAUAAACUGAACGGAAAUUUUCUUAAAGUAUCUUCGGAUUUUUUGAUUCUGAAAGCGACUCACGGCACUACGCCGAUGACCGACGAACAGAUUGUAAAAUUCUACGGAGAAAAUCACACUUGGGAUCAAUUGUUAGAGCUACCGGAAGGUCUGUGUCGGUCGGACGCUCAGCAAAAGCCGUACUACGUAUUCAGAGAUUAUUUCGUACUGCCCGUAAUAUUGAUAUGCGCCAGGCUGGUCGAUAUCGUCGAUAAAGAAUACGGUAGUUGGUUACCCUGCUAUAAUAUAUGGCAGGAUGUGUACGACGGGUUAAUUUACAUGUACAGACGCGACCAUUUCAAAGACGACGUGAAAGGUUUUUUCUCGAACCUCAAAAAGAAUCCCGAAAAUUACUUGGUUCCCUGUAGUCGGGCGUUCCUACAAUGGCUACUGGAACUUAAGCGAGAUAAAAAGCUGUUUCUCUUGACUAGCUCGAAUAUAGAUUACGCAGACUUUAUCGGUCGAUUUUGCUUAGGAGACGACUGGAACGAGUACUUUGAUAUCAGCUUUAUGUUUGCUAGGAAACCCGGUUUCUUUACGAGUCAGCGUCCUUUUCUGACUUUAAACGGAAUGGAAGAAGGCGAAAUCAUAAGUUGUGACAGUCUCGAAUUAAAAGGUGUUUAUUCGCAAGGCAAUUGGAAAGAUCUUAAAACUUUUUUUAGUAAAGUAACUGGGAAACAAAAACCCAACAUACUUUAUGUAGGAGAUUCAAUUAUUGAAGAUGUAUUUUCGCCAUCCAACUACGGAAGAUGCAAAACUAUUGCAAUUGUCGAAGAAAUGAAAGUCGGAAAAUAUUCCGAAGAAAGUAAUUGUCUCGAAUCAAAAUUUUGGGGAUCAUUUUUUGAUUAUCCCUCUAAAGGAUCAAAUAAUGGUUUUUCUAAAACAUUAUGGUAUGAAAUAAUUAGCUCUCAUAGCAUUUUAGCUAUACCCGAUUUAGAAGCGUUAUCUAGCUUAUCCCUAAAAUGCUUAGUGCCAUUUGAAAAUGAUUUGGAAUUUGCUUUUUAUCCAAAUAAGCCAUCUAAUCUUUAAAAUGUCAAUAUUUGUUAAUGCUUAAAUUCUUUAAGAUGAAUUAAACAGUAUUAUGAAGAUUGCUUGGAUUAUUUUCAAUUGCAUUUUCUGAAGCGCAAUUAUUAUAAUAUUCUUCCCGAUGAUAAAAUGAGGACAGAAUAAGUUUUUUAUAAUGUUAAUAAUUGCAUGUAAUACUGUAUUUAAAAUAGUACAAUUAUAUGUUAAAAUUUAACACGAUUAAGAUGAUUAUAUUGUUACCGAUAGUUAUUUGCUUAUCGUACAAUUAUUAGCAUUAAAAAGAAAUUUAUUCUAUCCUCAUUUUAGCAUCAGGAAGAAUCAUCUCUCUUCACUGGAAGAUAGAAAAUAGACAUCCUAUCUAAGAAGAGUUAAUUCCAACCUGAUAUUAACUUUUUAAAUUCUGUUAACAGAAAAUGUUGUACC